UGGUAAGUAACGCUUCAGUUUAAUGCGUUUCAUCGGUCUUUAAGUCUUAGGCUAAGAGACAAUCUGUGCUCUUUCAAAUGGCAUCCAUCUCUUCUCCUACCAUGCUCGGUCUCCUUCACCUUGUUGCGGUUUUCCUCACAUUUUCUACUGCUCAUUCAGUACUAGAUUGCUACACAUCCAUCUUCAGCUUCGGCGACUCGCUUGCCGACACUGGUAACUCAAUCCGUGAAUCGAAAAAUGCCCAGUUCGUGGGCCAUUUCCCAUAUGGAGAGACAUACUUCCAUCGUCCCACCGGUCGGUUCUCUGAUGGACGCCUGAUAGUCGACUUCAUCGCACAAGAACUCGGACUUCCAUAUCUGCCUCCGUACCUUGGGUCUUCCAGCGACAGAGAUUUCCAUCGAGGAGUGAAUUUUGCAGUUGGAGGAGCUACGGCACUCGAUGCUGCUUUCUUCCAGGAGAGGGGGAUUCGUAACGAGUUGACAAACAACUCUUUGGGAAUUCAGCUGAGAUGGUUCAAAGAUCUGUUGCCUUCUCUCUGCCCCAAUCCACCAGAUUGUGGAGACAUCUUCAGAAGGUCGGUGUUUCUCGUGGGAGAGAUUGGAGGCAACGAUUACAACUACCCUUUCUUACAACGAAGGAGCUUAGAAGAGAUCCGGACCUUGGUACCUUUGGUCAUCAAUUCCAUUGGAUCAACCGUCGAUACAUUAAUCAAAUACGGGGCUAGGACACUUGUGGUACCUGGUAACCUACCAAUCGGAUGCUCGGCAGCAUAUCUAACGGUCCUGGAGAGCCCAAGAGGAGAAGACUACGACCCUCGAACCGGUUGUCUCACGUACUUGAACGAAUUCUCCAACUAUCACAAUCGCAAACUGCUGCAGGAGCUGGACCGAUUGCGGGCACUGCAUCCAAACGCUACCAUCAUCUACGCAGAUUAUUUCAAUGCUGCUAUGGGCUUCUACCGCUCUCCACGCCAUUUUGGAUUCUACGGCGGGGCUAUCACAGCAUGCUGCGGAGGGGGUGGGCCAUACAAUUACAACACAUCUGCCAAGUGUGGCUACCAAGGGGCCACGAUGUGCGACAACGCAUCAUCACAUGUGGCUUGGGAUGGAGUUCACCUAACGGAAGCAGCUUACAGAUGGAUCGCUGAUGGUUUGAUAAGAGGACCAUUUUUCAGUCCUUCCAUCGAAACCCCCUGUCUGUCAUUGGGCAGCCGUGACCAUUCUUACUACGAGUAAGAGAAUAUGGAUGUACGGUCGAUUCAAGAAAAUGUUAGGAUGUUACCUUCGGAAUUUGGUGAAUGUAUACUCUAUAAUAGUUUUUCCUCAACUAUUUUUUUUAUUUUUUUCUGUGAAAGGUUGAUAUCUAAUAUUUGGUGGUAUGGUACCCACCUUACAGACCAUUGAUUUGUGCACUGGGAAUGAAAGCUGGACCAUUGAACUGUUGGCAUCUCUUGGAUGAAACCGGGCCACAUUGGAAAUUCAUGACCUUCCAAUCUAUGACAGCUUUUUAUUCCUUGGACAAAUCUGAGAACAAAACUAUCCUAGAAAAAGGGUUUUAGAGAAACCCCAUUUAGCAUUGGCCCAUCUGUGAGGCCAGCGUAUCAAUUGAUCAGUGGGACUGAUAAUGUUUCUGAUUCAGGCUGAAAAGU